AUGCUUCGACCCGUUGUCUCUUUCCCACAGACUUCCCUUCAGUACCAGCUGUCACUAGCCUCCUACAGGGAAGGCUUCAAUCGCCUUCUUGAUCUGCUUCCUACUCUGCGGCAGAUUCGCUAUGAGCCUUGGAGAUCCCUGGAAGGCAGGAAUUCAGUUCGCAACACUCGCAUCACAGUAGAAGGACUGCACAGAGCUACCUUCAGCCACAAUCUAGCCAAAGUCGUGGUUUUCGGUGACUUCAACGAAGACUUCGAUGAGUGCUGGCGUGCGGAUAGGCGAUGGCACCGCGUACCUAUAUCGUCAAGUCGGACAAACCCUCGCAUGGCAUCACCAGAGAUCAGACAGGCUUUUGCCCAAAUCUCUCGUCCCCUCGUCCAUCUUUCAUUGUCAUUUGCAGCAGAUGCAAGUGACUUCUUCGAAACCUGUCAGCGCAGCUGGGUUUGGACGACGCUGACCUCUCUUGCGCUCACAUCCAAUCCCUUGGCCCCAAACAAGGACCCCAAGAUAGUCAACGACAUGCUUGAGAAGACCGGCAUCGUGGCGCUAUAAAUGCCAAAACUAGACGUCAUGGAGCUGUGGGACGGCAGAAGGGGUCUCGCUUGUGUCUUCCGGUAUCAAGCCUCUAGGGAUCGCGCAGGCCACAACGCAAAAAUCACAUGGCGAAGCGCCUGGCCUCUGGAGUUGGAACCCCGUGUGUGUAAGGCCUGGGCGGCAGUGGCAGUCAAACGUGACAACCGGGAGGGAGAGUUCGACGUCGUCAAAGACCCGGAGAUCCUGAAUUUUGGGGAGGACGAGAUCAGGUCACACGGGGAUGCGAUCCAUCAUUUGCAGCUUGUGAGCGAGGGGAUCCGCCCGGUGUCGUUGUGGAAGAUCAGGUAUGAGUCGCGGUUUUUGAUUGACGGGGCCAGCAUUGGAAGAGAAGCUCCGUGUUGUUUGUUAAACUUGCCUGGGCGAAUGGUUUGAUUAUAUUGGCUGCCUGCAUGUAUCGAGUGGAUGACAAGUCCUAAAACGAGUCUUUCGGGUGCGGUGCCCAGGUCUUGGGGAUAGAAAGAUGUUCACUCAGUUUGAUAGUCCUUACUUUCUGGCAGAAUAGCACAGAUGCUUCCAAAC